UGUGUGUUUUUAUGCCUUCAGUUUUGUCACAUUUCCAAUAAUAAUGUAUUUAUAUCAAGGCGAUCAAUAACACUACAUUUAACAGAAAUAAUGGCUAAAUACAACAGAUAACUCAAGUAUAUAUUUGCUGUAUAAAGGGACCAUAUAUUACUGAGCACACAUACGGCAUUAAAGUUAGAUGGUUGCACUGAUCUGCUCCAUGAUAGAUCUCAAAGUUAUCCCAAAGUCUGCUAACGUAAAUACCACUUUAGGAAAGUUUACAAAAUACACAGCUUCGAUAUUAGUGUUGGUUGGCAUCCUCAUAAAUCUUUACUAGAGCAAUCCGGUGGCGUAGAUUUUAUCAUGGGACUAAAGAUAAAAUAUUUUUUAUUUAUGCCAUUUCUUGUACUGUUCACAACACAACAAAAUAUCAAAUACGCCUGUUUCGAUGGUACCAAAGAUGCCAUUUUACCGUCGCCUGCAUUGAAGAAAGUGACAGCACAGGGCGCUUUAAGUUGUGCAUUAGAAUGUUCACAAACGGAUGGAUGCCGUUCCUGGAACUACUUCAAAACAAGGAACAUAGAAAAUUGUGAACUGAAUACCCUCAAGGCUAUCAACACUGACAUACUAGUGCGUCAUGAAGGUGGAAUGUAUUAUGAGGAUGCUAAGGAAGAAAUGGACUGCAAUAAUCUAGAUGGGUCAGGAAUAUUCCAUAUCAAUAUAAAAGGAUUUGGAACAAAGGAAGUUUAUUGUGACAGCGGAUGGCUUGUUGUGAUGAGAAGAUAUGACAACACAAUGAACUUUAACAGAAACUGGGCUGAAUAUAAGCAUGGUUUUGGGGAUCCCCGCCUACAGUUCUGGAUGGGCAAUGAGGCCCUUCAUGCGUUAACCAAUCAAGGAAAUUACUCCAUGCUGGUUGAUAUGUUGUCCUGCAACGGCAAUUAUUACUACGUCAAAUGGAACGAGUUUAGAAUACAGAAUGAGACAAUGAAAUAUGCUGUAGACGCCCUUUCUCUUGAGUCCUACAACACAACUAGCGUGUUUAAACUUGAUGAAAUCUUUGGACGUCCUUUUGGAACCACUGACAACAUGAAAACCACCUCUUAUCUUAACAUUUCGAAAACGUGUGCUGAGCAACACGGUGGGGGCUGGUGGUUUGCAAGAUGCACGUACAAUCACCCAACUGGAUAUUAUCCUGAUUGCAAUAACCCAGGUGUCGUUAGUGAAAGGAAAAGCAAAAUGAAAUUCGCGGCUAUCACAGGAUAUAACUGUGACUUUGGGUGCCUGCUGCAAGCCGCUACGGUGAAAUUACGGCCAAAUAAUUAGUUGUGUGAAGUUCACAUGGAUAAU